UUAUAUACGACAGUUUUGAGGUCUUCUACCGGGAAAUGGCCCCUGCUAUGAUAGAGGACUUCAAGAACGACCCAGACUUUCCUCCCCUAUAUCCGGUCAAGUUUGAGAGAAACAAGUAUUGGAAUGCCAAGGAUUUGCUGCAGGACGCAUCAGCGCAUGCUCGAGUAUUCCUGAUGUGUGUGAACGCGGACGAGAUGCGUACUAUCCUGUACCAGGCGGGCAUGAUGGGGUUCGGGGGAGAGUAUGUUUACAUCGCCAUCCAACUAGCCACCAUUAGCUGGUGGGGAACCUACAGAAAGUUCCUGAACGACAUGAUGGACCAAACCCUAAAGAAAGUCUACGAGAACGUACUGAUUCUUGAGCUCAUUAACCCUGUAGAGGACAACGGCCCUUUCCAGGACGAGAUACGAGACCUAGCCCUCAACGAGUUCGACUACACAUUCGCGGAAAAUGAAACGGUAUGA